UGUUGCAUCCGUUUUCAUUUUCUAAGGCCAACCAUGUUUCUACCAAAAAUUUAUCUUCCCCACUAAAUAUGAAUACCACGUCGUUCCACUUCUCCAGAAAAGCUCCCACUUCUUUUUCAUUUCCUUACAAGUCAUUCUAUCCACAUGCACUUCAGUCAGCGAGUGCUAGAACUUCUUCACCACUCCUUGAUAAUGUCAAAGAUAGCAAAAGCAAGAAUAAGUUCUUCGAUGUAGAACUAGAGGUUCGUGAGUAUGAGUUGGAUCAGUAUGGUGUAGUCCAUAAUUCUGUUUAUUCUUGUUAUUGUCAACAAGGUUGGAGUGAUUUUAUGAAAAGCAUUGGUAUUAAUCAUAAUGAAGCGAUUGAAAGUGGUUCUGCAUGGGCAAUGUCAGAAAUAUCUCUCAAAUUCAUUGCACCUCUAAGAAGUCGAGACAAAUUUAUUGUAAGGAUUAGACCUUUAAGCGUUUCAGCAGCUUGUUUUUGCUUCUCUUGUUUCAUCUAUAAGCAACCAAACCAAGAGCCUAUUCUGGAAGCAAAUGUCAAAGGGGUGUAUCUGAACAGAUAUUAUCGUCCUAUUCGUAUUUUGAAAGAUAUGAAAUUUAAAAUGGUUAAAUUUAUCAAUGAAAAUGAUAUUUAAUUCGUAUUAUUUGUUAUAAAGAAUAAUAUCAAAGAUAUCAUGGUCAGUUUCAUAAUAGAAGUACGCCUGUAAAUUUCAUCCAAAAGAAACAAAAUUGGACACAUUAAUUUGUGCUAUAUAUCAAAUAUUUUAUAUUUU